CAACCUUACUAUUAACAUAACGACCAAAUCACUACAUACAACCCCAUGCCUUCGAUGUGUUGCCUAUAUAAACACCAUCACUCCUCACUCUAUAUUCCUACUUAAAAAACUCCAACAAGUUCAGAAUAUUCUAAAGGAAAAAAAACAUGGAUUCUUCUUUUUCCUCAUCUUCAUUUGCUGAAUGUAAUUCACUUCUUCCUUUUAAUGAAAAUGACUCACAAGAAAUGCCUUUGUUCGAAGUGCUAACCAAGGCAACAAGUGCAGAAGAUGAAUGUUCACAAGAAGAGCUAGUAGCAGCGUACCGAGGAGUUCGUAGACGUUCGUGGGGGAAAUUUGCAGCAGAGAUAAGGGAUUCAACACGAAACGGAGUUCGUGUAUGGUUGGGAACUUUUGAUACUGCAGAAGAAGCAGCAUUGGCAUAUGAUCAAGCUGCAUUUGCCAUGCGGGGCACAGGGGCUGUGCUCAACUAUCCGGCACAAUAUGUUUAUCAGUCAUUGAUAGAAAUUAACUACGAUUUUGGAGCAGAAACUUCGCCAGUUCUGGCAUUGAAAAAGAUGCAUUCAUCUAAAAAGAAAACAAAGAAGAAUAAAAAAGCUAACGAGGAGACAAAAUUUGCACAUCAAGAUGGUCUUAACAAUAAUGUGGUUGUGUUGGAAGAUUUGGGUGCCGAUUACCUGGAAGAACUUUUAACUUUAUCUGAGGCUUCACAAUACUCUUGGUGA